GAAACAUGGCGCUGCAGUGUUUGUCGUAGGAAAAUGGCAUCGAGAGUAUUCAUUCCACAAGAAUCAACUGAUUCUGUACUUGAGAUUCCAGUAUUGGAGACCCUGCAACGACGUCACUCUGAUGUCAAGCUAGGAUCGACUCUGUGCUUAGGAGUGGACAAUAGUACAGCAUUGGUUCCUCCCAGAAGUCCCGAGCUGAGAAGACAUUCAGACGUGUCACCUGCUUCCCUUAAAGAACUAGAAAAACUCAAAGCAGCUGAUACAGAGUGGAAAAAAGGCCAUAGUGCAGCGCCUAGCAGAUCGUCCAGCCCUCCGCGUCGCAUGGAGCUAGAGACAGCAACUUCCCGAAUAGCAUCAAGGCGGCCCUCUAUGCGAAUGACGAGACAGCGUAGCUAUGAUGAUGAAAUGAAAUCUAACAAUGAAUCGAAAAUAGUAGAACCUAGUCUAGGACUACCCGCUCCCAUGCCUCGAAGAAAAUCAGCAUACGAUGUUUAUGCUCCAGGAGUGCUUGCGAGUGCUUUGCAAGCUGCAGCAUUGAAAGAACCUGAGGCUCCAGGCUCUCGGAGACCAUCGUUCAAGAUGCCAGUUAAUGAUAAUAGUUUAGAGCACGAAGAAAUGCCUAGCCCAGAUCACAUAAUACAAUCAGCACUUAUUGUAGACGAAGAGCGGAGAAAUAAGCGGCGAGGAUCGCAGUUGCCCGACAUCUCUGCUUUACGGAACAACCAGAAUGCCGGAAAUCUGCCGAUUUACCAGUGCCCAGCGCUUGAAGAUCUUGAAGCUCCUAGACGACAAACAUCUCUUGAUGGCGAAGCUAUCAAAAUAGUGAUUCAUGAUGUUGACUCUGGGCCGCUUUGUGCUUCAAAGCGAAGAGUUAUCCUCCAAAAAGAUCCAGCUGAUAAAGCACAUAGAACUCGCGGCUUCGGAAUGCGUGUGGUUGGUGGAAAAACUGGUACAGAUGGUAGGCUUUUUGCCUACAUUGUUUGGACUGUUCCCGGAGGACCGGCGGAGAAGGGUGGUUUACAGCAAGGUGACAAGAUAUUGGAAUGGUGCGGCACUUCACUGGUGGAUCGCAGUUUCGAAGAAGUUUGUGCCAUAAUGGAUAGAACUGGUGACGUUAUCGAGUUAUUGGUUGAGCAUGCAACAGAUUUUAGAAUGUGUGACCUGUUGGAUGACGGAACAUCAGGGAACCCAAACAAUCAGAUGAAGACGAACUCAGAUAUGUCGAACCUUGGUUUUACAUCAGAAAACGAACCAGUCGCUGAUAAGUCUCCUUCAUCACCAACAAGGCGAAAACUUCCAAAAACACCGGAACAACUGGCGCGAGAAAAACAGGUUUCUGGGCGCGUUCAAAUUCAAGUUUGGUACCACGGGGAUAGAAACGAGCUUGUUGUUUCGCUAAUGGCCGGAGACGAUUUACCACCUCGAGACGAAUCUUUAGGGUAUGGUGGUUUGCCUGAAGCUUACGCUUCAAUCAAGCUCAUGCCAAAAACUAAUGAAACACAUGUUGUACAGACUGAAGUCUCAUCACCAUCUGUAAAUCCAAUUUGGAAUGCUACGAUAACAUUCAGAGGCGUGUUGAGCGAUACACUAUUCGAUCGAUAUAUUGAAGUAGCAUUGUUUGAUUUGUUGCCACAAUCGGAACCCGUUUUCCUAGGAGAAUGUAAAGUGAAGCUACAGAAGGCAUUUCUUGAUGAUGUCGCCGUAUGGUAUCGGUUAGAAGAUCCCAGACAACUUCGGGGUGUACCACCUAAUAAAAUGAGCUGGUCUUCUCCACGGAACUCCAUAUCCGGAGACGUAACCAAGCUAAUUAGAGGGUCCGAUUAUCGAUUCCAAAGAUCAGUGUCAGACGAUGUUGACAGCAUUGGGGAUGGAAGCUUUUUGUUGCAUCCUGAUCAUGCAUGGGCAUUCAAUAGACGAGGAUCGUCGCAAUCAGAAACCUUGGAAAUCGAAACGUAUCAACUUGGUAAGGACUUCUCAAAGUCAUUGCCAGGCUCAAGGCGAUCCUCGUUCCAAGACCAGGAAAAAUGUAGAAGUGGUGAAAUUACUCCAACUCUCGGCUAUAACCGUGAACGAAGGAGGUCUUCCGUAGCGAAACGCAAUACUGAGGAGCUUAGGAAAGCAUUCAACCAAAGCCGGGGCGAGUUUACACGAACCAUGAGCUUGUCUCGGGAAUUGGAACAAAAAAAUUCCAAGAAAUCAUUCAAUCAAAGUUUGUCAGAGAAAAACACAGAGAAAAUCGAACGCAUGAUUUCCACAAUCAAAACGAAAACGGAUAGCUCACGUGAUGUACAUAAGGAUCCCAAUACAAAUUUUUCCAUAAGCAGUUUAGGACCAGGCCAAAUACUUCCCAAAGGUUCACAGCAAAGCCUCAAGUGUGUUGGAGAGCUACGUUUAGCUGUUACUUUAGAGAAGUCAGUACUGGAACUAAAGGUUAUUUCCGCAAGAAAUCUAGUUUCAGAUUCUGAUCCAACACCAGAUACAUAUGUAAAAUGUUACUUAAAAGAUGGAGAUCGACUGCGACACAAAAAGAAAACCAGAGUUGUGAGAUAUUCUCCGGAACCACAAUACAAUCAGGUGCUGAAGUAUUCGGCAUCAGAACUUUUUGGAAGAACAAUAUUAGUAACCAUUUGGCAAAAAUCAGUAGGUUUCGAGCACAAUCAAAGCAUAGGAGGGGCAGAAUUGUUUUUCAACACAUAUAAAAUGAAAAGCCCUAUUGAAAGUUGGUACCCAUUGUUUCCUUCACAACAUGUUACACCUAAUCCAAAUGAUUCUCCUUAGGAGUUUAGCGUUGAAUUACAUGAUAAAGAAUUUUAUUUUU